GGCGGGAUAUGAAUGACAAAACAUCACAUCUCGAUAUUUAAGUCCAUAGAAUGUACCGUCGCCACCUUUUCUUUUGUCCCGUCCACAACAUCUUGUAAUAAUUUCAUUGAAACCAAUUCUUCGACAUGUUCACAUCCGCAGUGCGAGCGGCACCUCGGCGCAUCAUACCAUCUCGAAUCCUCCUCAAAAACAACCCGUCAAGAAGAUUUCUAAGCACAGCUCCGCCAUCACAAAAGUCACGGACUUGGAAGAGCAGUGCGACAAGAUGGGCUCUAGCUGCGGGAGGAGUUUACUAUUACAACACAAGCAACAUUUUUGCCGAAAAACCAGAAGGUUUGUCGCAAUAGUAAACUUUGGCAAAUAACAAUACUGACCGGGACUGUAGCGGCAAUCCAAGCUGUUGAGGAAUCAAUACAUCACGCCCAAGAAUUACCUCUACCUACUGUAGACGGUAUCAUUGCGGAAAAGAAAAAGAAAUACGUUGAGCAACGAGAACUUGAUAAGGCCAAAACACGGGCGGAAGGGCAAGGCGAGGAGGAAGGUGAAAGCGAGGAGGGGGAUGAAGGCGCUGAUGGGAUAAAAGGCUUGGAGGAAGAAGCUGAUCAGCAAGGUGCUUUCAAUCCAGAAACUGGGGAGAUCAAUUGGGAUUGUCCAUGCUUAGGAGGAAUGGCACACGGUCCUUGUGGAGAGGAAUUUAAAGAGGCAUUCAGUUGCUUCGUUUACUCGACCGAGGAAGUAAAAGGAAUGGAAUGUAUCCCGAAGUUCAAGUAAGUCGAUGAGUUUGUGAGUGUAUUUAUACAUGGGGCUAAUGAGAUCUAGGGGUAUGCAAGAUUGCUUCCGAGCGCAUCCCGAAAUGUAUGGCCCAGAAUUGGAAGACGAGGAGGAUGAAGUUGAAGAGGAGCUACGUGCCAGAGAACAAGCCUCAGAAAAUGGAAGUGAAUCGGAAGCACUGACACCUACUACGAUCCAAGAGACACCAAAAUCUACACAAGAGGCCCCCGCUACGGCGACUAGAGCAGCGAAGGAAAACAAGCGUGUCGAGGCACCCAAAAGUGCUGAUGCACACAAAGAGGCAGUACCAAAAGCAGCCCACGAUGCUACUACAUCAAAUUAAUGAACAGGAAUAAUCAAUGUAAAAUUACACGCACCAAAAAGGAAUGUUUCAAAAGGGGAAGGA